UUUGACAAUGACAGACAGGCAAGAUUUGACAUUCUAAGCGCUGGUCAAAGAAUUUUAUAAAAGGUUAAAUACACAUUAUUUGUUCUUUAUUAAGCUUUGUUCUUAAAUUUGCGAUAAUCAUGUCCGAAAACAGAGAGGAAAUUCUAGCCGACUUUCAAGCUUGUACUGGCAUUGAAGACGUUGCAGAAGCUAUCUACCACUUGGAUGAUGCUAAUUGGGAUUUAUUACGCGCAGUUAGCAGAGUCAUGCCCCCAGAUACGCAGAGCUUUCGUGCCCCCAAUCCAGACCCUGAUGUGAUGAUCGUCGAAGAUGAUUCUGAAAUCCCUAAUGCUGCAACAGCAGAUGCUGCUACAGAUGUUGCAGGGUUGGGUAACAGCAUUGGACAUUCUUCUACUGUAACAAAGAAACCAGCAGAUAAUGAUACCAGUUACCCAUCAACUUCUGCUGGAAAAAGCGGCACUAGACAGUUAAAAUUUAAUGUGCAGUAUUGUGAUAGGGUUAUUAAAGUGGAAAUGCCUGAAUCUGCAACUGUCAAUGAUCUGAAAUUAAGGUUACAAAGAGAAGUGAAAGUGACACCUUGCAGACAACUUCUAUCUAGUUGGGCUCGAUUAGUUCAGUAUGAAAACACCCCAUUCUCGAAGCUAAUGUUACCUGAUGAUAAUACUCUACAUCUCACUCUUAAGGCUGGCGAUGGGGGAAUUACAGCCGAAGAAGAGAACUCCGUAACCGAAAAACUAAAUGGAAUGUAUACAUUAAACGUAAAAUAUGAAGCUAGAACAUACAAUCUCAAAUAUCAGGGCACAAAAUCGAUUCUAGAAGUAAAAGGAGAUGUAUAUACAUUGACUAAUGUCCACGUUCGUAAUCAAAUAUGGAGCGGCUGGCCUCCGAACAUCGACGACAAUACUAUGCUGGCGCUAUCCGGAAUCAAUUAUCCGGAACACGAUUUGACGGUACGUCGAAACACACAAUCGAAUAAUGCUAGAGAAAAGAAAAGCAUGCCGGUGGUACAGAUAGACAGCGAUGAUGAUGAAUUUGAAGAUGCCUCGGAAAGUUUCAAUGUAGAUGAUGAAUAUUUUGUCGAAAAUGAAGGAGGAGCUGCCGGAAAACGGACAGAACCUCUAAUUCCAGAAAACGUAGAAGAUGAAAUUGUAGGCAGUAUUACAUUCUCAGAACAAUUUACCGCUAGAUACGGUCCUGUUCAUCCCGCCUUCUAUCAAGGAACUUUAGACGACGCUAUAAAAGAGGCCUGCUCAAGACCAGCCAAAGAUCGCAAGAUACUGGCCAUAUAUCUACACCACGACGCCAGCGUUUUAACGAACGUAUUUUGCACACAACUUUUGGGUUUUGAAAGUGUAAUGCAAAUGUUCGAGAACAACUUCAUACUUUGGGGAUGGGAUAUUACGUUCGAGAGCAACAGGCGCAGGUUGCAACUGUCGGUGACGACGUCUUUGGGUACGACGGCGGCCAUGAGUCUUAGAAAUAUACCAGUCGACAGAUUGCCCGUCAUAAUACUUAUAACGAAGAUUCGCUCGACUAUUGAGAUUUUUAGUGUAGUGUAUGGAAAUGUAGGUGUAAAUGAACUUUUGUCAAGUCUUAUAGAAUGCACAGAAGUAUUUUCCGAGCAUCAACGUGUAGAAAUAAAGGAAGAAGAGGAACGAACGGAACGAGAAAUGGUAAAAUUAGAACAAGAUUUGGCGUACCGCGAGAGUUUAGAAGCAGACCGAGCCAAAGAAGAAGCUAGAAGGAUACAAGCGGAAGAGGCCGACGAAACGAGAAAGAGAAUAGAGAACGAACGGGCGUUAGAAGAGGCGAAAAAAGAGGCGUUCAGGAAAGAAGUCGAAGCUAGUUUACCUCCUGAACCGCCUUUAGGUCAAGGCGACAGUAUUACUAAAAUUAAAUUUAGAUUGCCUAAAGGAGAGCACCUUGAGAGGAGGUUUCAGACCAACACGCCGUUAAAGGUGUUGUUGGACUUUUUAAUAGUUAAAGGAUAUCCAACAGAAGAAUAUAAAGUUAUAUCUAGUUGGCCCAGGAGAGAUCUGACUUCCUUAGACAAAAAUAACACUUUGAAAGAACUGAAUCUGUGUCCUCAAGAGACUGUGAUAUUAGAAGAGCGAUAAUUUCAUCACAUUCCCAUUAAAAAGGGUUAGGUUUUUAUACCGGCAUUUAAACAAUGUAAAGUUUAUUUAAUAUAUUUUUAAUUUCACGUAGUGUAUAAUUAAUUUAAAUGUACGCAGUCCGAUGAAUAUACAUUAUAUAAAAAAGCG